AUGGCAACGUUCGGAAAGACAACAUUCAACGCGGCCAAGUACGCGACCAGCCGCCUCACCUAUCCCCGUGCGCUGUAUGACUUCGUCUUCAAGUUUCAUGAGCAUGCCAAGGGUGCAAGAUCUGGCGGCCAGGCGACGGUCGAGCUCACGCGGUUCCAGUGCAUAAUCGGCGUGGACCUGAGCGCGCGCAUGAUCAAACAAGCACGGGAGAACGUGAAGUUGCGACUCGCGGGGCUCGACUUGUCCUCACCGGUCGAGUUCGUGCAGGCUUCCGCUGAGGCCCUCCCUGUUGAGCAAGGAAGCGUCGAUUUCAUAGUCGCGGCCCAGGCAUACCAUUGGUUUAACUGGAACAAGGUUUGGCCAGAGGUCGCACGAGCCUUGCGCAAGGACGGAACUUUUGCCGCCUGGGGAUACUCGGGAUUCCGCCUCUCGGGCUUUCCCUCCGCGACACCCCUCAUCAACGACUACCGGCAGGGCAGCGACCCCGUCAACUCGCUUGGGCCCUACUGGGAGCGCCCCGGGAGCACCAUCCUCGACGGGCACCUCGUCGCCGUGCCAGACCCGCGCGAGGCCCUACCCAGCCAGUUCAACAGCGAAUUCGAGCGCAUAUAUUUCACCGCCCCGCACUACCCGGACCUGGCGGGGGCGCGCCCGGUGGUCCUGCGCAAGGCCCUGACGUGGACGGAGCUGCUGGGGUUCCUCCGCACAUGGAGCCCGCUGCACACAUUCCACGAGGCGCACCCGGCGGACCUCGAGCGCGCAGAUGGGGAUAUUGCGGUGCGGUUCUGGAGGAGGCUGAAGGAAGAGGUUGGGCGCGCGGAGGGCAAGGAGGUGCCGAAGGACGAGGAUGUCGUGAACAUCAAGUGGCCGAUGGCGCUGCUCCUCGCGCGGAAGGCUUAG